CCGCUGCGGCAAGCUCAGGAGCCGAGUGGGCCUCGGCCCUCUGUCCCGCCGGACCCGGGCUCCCGAACUCUCCAUCUUCUUCGGUCGGCCCGCGAUCACCGAGGCGGCCUCGCGCCCCAUCGCCCCUUCCCCAUCCCUCCCCUGUCCCCGUCCCCGCCCCGGGGGCCGCCGCCACCCGUCUCCCACGAUGGCUCUGAAGAGAAUCCACAAGUGUUCCAUUGGCAAGCUACAAUAAUGGGGCCAAAUGACAGUCCCUAUCAGGGUGGAGUAUUUUUCUUGACAAUUCAUUUCCCAACAGAUUACCCCUUUAAACCACCUAAGGUUGCAUUUACAACAAGAAUUUAUCAUCCAAAUAUUAACAGUAAUGGCAGCAUUUGUCUUGAUAUUCUACGGUCACAGUGGUCUCCAGCACUAACUAUUUCAAAAGUACUCUUGUCCAUCUGUUCCCUGUUGUGUGAUCCCAAUCCAGAUGAUCCUUUAGUGCCUGAGAUUGCUCGGAUCUACAAAACAGAUAGAGAAAAGUACAACAGAAUAGCUCGGGAAUGGACUCAGAAGUAUGCGAUGUAAUUAAAGAAAUUAUUGGAUAACCUCUACAAAUAAAGAUAGGGGAACUCUGAAAGAGAAAAUCCUUUUGAUUUCCAUUUGACUGCUUUCUAUGAGCCCACGCCUCAUCUUCCCCUGUGCACAUGUUUACCUGAUACAGCAGUGCUGCGUGUUGUACAUACUUGGAACAACAAACUAGAAAUACUGUACUUCUGUACCAACAUUGCCUCCUAGCAGAGAAGUGUGUGUGUGACAAGCCAGUUCUCCAGGUGUAACCUAGGUGCGAGACUAAAAACUUCCCUUAUUGACUUAAAUUUGGAUAACGGCAAGGUGAGGGGUGGUGGGUAUGGUGUGUGCUUGGAUGGGGAAGAAAAACUCCACUGACCUGUAGGAGAUUGUUUUUAAGUGGAAUCCUUUUAAACUCAAAACAUGAAAAGCAAGGUGAAGAACACGAAGCUGUUUCUGUAUUCAUUUUAUUCUGAAGGACCUACGUCUUAGGUGAAAGUUACGGCCAACAAAUUAAAUUCAACCCACAUCCUGUAUUUUAAGGUCUAAGUUUAACUGGUCAACUAAGUUUAAAUGGAUUGGAGCUAUUAAUGCAUAAAGUGUGAUGGGCUUUGUUCCCAGCUCUUACAUCUCCCUACCCUUUAACCCUCAUUCUUUCAGCCCUUCUUUCUCUCUUCCAUAUUCUUUGGUUUGUAUGUGGUUUCUCAGUUAAUACAUAGCUAAUAGCUCUUAUUUUUCUUAUGUUUUUAACUGCUUAGGUCUAUCUGGAUGUAAGGGUGAAAAUUCAUUUGAUGGAAUACUUGUGUAUAUUUAAAGACCCAAUUGCUCCUCUGGAGCUUGUACGUUCAAGAAUGAUUAAUCUGUGUAAUAAACUGAUUACUACAGUCAUUACAUAUAAUUUUGUGUGAAUAGGCUUUUUGAUUUUAAGAACUUUAGCUGAGGUUAGUGGUGGUUUAUCCCCCACCCCUGAUAUGUUUUCAUUAUACUGGGUGCAUUUCAAAAUCAUGAAACAAUUCCAGUUUACAUAGUAAAAAGAAUAUCUUGAAACUAAUUUUACUGAAUAAGGGCAUAAGCUUAAAAGCUUUUCCAUGAAACUUAUAUGUGCAGUAUUCUAAGAACAUGACUGUUAAACUAAAUAAGAAAUUUGUUUUAUUAAUGAAACUAAGCUCCAUUUCAGCAAAACCUUGUGACAUUCCCUUGGUACAUAGGACAUAAAACAAAGGCAUUGCUAUUUGGUAAGUUAAGCUUCUGUGAUUGUAAAAGAGGAACACUGACCAAACCUGGGAAACAUGAACCCAAUUUUGUAUUGGAGAGUCUACAUAAUUACUUUGCACUAAUGUUGCAGGAUGUUCAUCCAAUUUUAAAUUGUACUGUAUGUGGCUUUUUGAAGUCUUCCCUUAACUCUAGUAAAAUGUAGUUUGAAACUUGUAAACAACUGUGUUUGCCAGAAACAUUCAUGUGAACUAGGCAAGUUACCAAAUUUUUUCACCUCCUCUUAAUCUAAUUGUAAACCGGGCCAGCCUGAAGGCCAUGGCUGCUCACUAGUCAUCAGGUUCUUUCGAUGCAUCUUUACACUCUUGCACAAAAACUGAGGAAUAAAUGUCCACUGCUUUUGUUUUAAA